CGAUGGCCAUUUAAUUGUAGUUCACACAGACAUGGAAGGCUCAUAAAUCGCAUCAUUUGUAGUUGUUUUUCAAUUUGAAACUAACAUUCUACUUAACGGUUAAUGUAACGAUAAAUAACGUAUAUUUCUAGCUGUACAACAAACAUUUUUGAAUCAAUUAAACAUCAGCAGCAAGGAAACGUUAACUGUUAACUUCGUAGAGACACACCAACUGUUACAGCUAAAAUGGAAAAUAUUACUAUUUCAAUGGCUACACUGUCAAUCAAGAAGCUGUCUGCUGAGGAGGAGUAUCCCGACCUGAGUCAGCACAACAAUCACAUGGCCAAAGUCUUAACCUUGGACAUGUACAAGAAACUGCGAGACAAAUCAACACCCAAUGGGUUCACUGUAGAUGGUGUCAUUCAGACAGGAGUGGAUAACCCUGGCCACCCAUUCAUCAUGACAGUGGGCUGUGUGGCUGGAGACGAGGAGACCUAUGAAGUCUUCCAGGAUCUGCUGGACCCUAUAAUUGAAGACAGACAUGGAGGAUACAAGCCCUCAGACAAACACAAGACUGACCUGAAGCCUGACAACCUGAAGGGUGGGGAUGACCUGGACCCCAACUAUGUCCUGAGCUGCCGAGUCCGCACUGGCAGGAGCAUCCGUGGGUUCUGCCUGCCUCCUCACUGCAGCCGUGGAGAGCGGCGUGCUAUUGAGAAACUCUCCAUUGAAGCAUUGAGUUCAUUAGAUGGGGACCUGAAAGGCAAAUACUAUGCUCUGAAGAACAUGACAGACGAAGAGCAGCAGCAGCUGAUCGAUGACCACUUCCUAUUUGAUAAGCCAGUCUCUCCCUUGUUGCUCUCUGCUGGGAUGGCCCGUGAUUGGCCUGAUGGCCGGGGAAUCUGGCACAAUGACAACAAGACUUUUUUGGUCUGGGUCAAUGAGGAAGAUCACCUACGAGUCAUUUCCAUGCAGACAGGUGGGAACAUGAGGGAGGUCUUCACCCGCUUCUGCACUGGCCUAACCAAGAUUGAGGCCCUGUUCAAACAGAAGGGAUGUCCUUUCAUGUGGAACGAGCACUUGGGCUAUGUGCUGACCUGCCCCUCUAACCUGGGCACUGGCCUACGUGGUGGAGUCCACGUCAAGCUCCCCAACCUCAGCAAACAUGACAAAUUUGAGGAUAUUCUGAAGAGACUAAGGCUUCAGAAACGUGGAACAGGUGGUGUGGACACUGCAGCUGUGGGCGGGAUCUUUGACAUCUCUAAUGCUGACCGCUUGGGCUUCUCUGAAGUGGAGCUGGUGCAGAUGGUGGUGGAUGGAGUCAAACUGAUGGUGGACAUGGAAAAGUGCCUAGAGAAGGGCGGGCCCAUUGAUGACCUCAUGCCUGUCCAGAAGUAAAAUGCAAUGCCUGACACUUACCCAUCCACUUAA